AGUAGUAGAACAGCUGAGAUCCUCCUCGAUAUCCAAGGAAAACCACACGAAUGCUGAUUGAGUGAGUACGUGUAACGUGUUUUCAAGUCUUCACGCGGCUCGUUAAGCCAGCCUCGAAACAAAUCAAGCCAGCCCAUCUAGUUCACAACCUGGCCCGCCCUCCCGACCCCCCGACUUCCCUGCCACUUGCCGUCCUGACCGCAUAUCGUUCCGCAUUAAAGGCCACCCACCCAUCGAGGGUAUCAUCAUUCACCCAUGGGGAUGACCGAGACUCACUCCACCGCCGACACCCACGUCCAUAGUCCCACCGACCCGGUUGAGCCGGCCGUCAGUCAGUUCCUGAGUGAGUUGUCGACCUCGGGCCAUCUCAACGGGGGCGGGCAGUUCGCCGACUCGCACACCACGGCCCUGGCCACCGUCAACCUCCUCAAGCGACUGAUUGGGCAGUCCAAAUGGCACACGGCCCAGGAGCUGAUGGGCGUAAUUCGGGCCAGCGGAGCGCGAUUGACGGCCACGCUCGAGUCGCAAGUCAUGGUGGCCAACCUGUUUCGUCGCACGCUCAAGUUGGUGCGCGAGGAGUACGCCAGUGCCCUGAAAGGCCGCCAGGCCGAGGAUGAUCCCCAGGAGUCGCUCCACAAGAUGGUCGAGAUGGCCGGACAGCACGAGGGAUUGGCCGACUUCGGACAGCCCGUGCCCGACUUGAAGACCAAGGUUAUCGAGAGCGUGGACGAGCUGCUCAUGGAGAUGGAGGCUGCGUCCGAGGAGAUCGCCAAUCAAAGCCUGGAGCACAUUCACGCCAACGAGAUCAUCCUGACGGUGGGGCGCUCGCGAACGGUCGAGCUAUUCCUCAAGCAGGCGGCUCAGGACCGCCAGUUCCACGUCAUCGUGGCCGAAUGCGCGCCCUUCUAUCAAGGUCAGGCCAUGGCUGCCAGCUUGGCUCAAGCGCCGGCCCGCAUCAAGACCACCGUGAUUACCGACACGGCCGUGUUUGCCAUGAUGUCCCGCGUCAACAAAGUCAUUAUCGGCACGCACGUGAUUUUGGCCAAUGGCGGCUUGAAAGCCCUCAGCGGGAGCUACACCGUGGCCCUGGCCGCCCAACACUUCUCCGUGCCCAUGUACGUGUGCGCCAGUAUCGCCAAGCUCACGCCCGGCUUCUGCACGGCCAAUGAUCAAGAGACCUUCAACGAAUUUGCCUCACCCGAGGCCACGCUCCGGCAUCUGGAUGGGGGGAUUUUGUCCCGCGUCCGCACUGUCACGCCCAUUUACGAGUACGUGCCGCCCGAUUUAGUCACGCUCUUCGUGUCAAAUGUGUCGGCCUACGCCCCGUCUUACGUUUAUAGAUUACUGAGUGAACUGUACCAUCCGGAAGACUACGACUUGAGCGCACCCCUCCCCGUGAAAUCGAACCAUUCCAAGAUUUGACUCGACGUCCAUCUCUUGGAACUGUGUUGAGGCCGCUGGGCUGUGGAGGACGUGGCUCGAGAAGGGAUGGUUAAGGCUGGGCUUCAAGAUCUGAAGACCUGGCCUUGAGGACCCCGACCCUCGAAUUGGGCAACGGAAACAAGAGAGACAUAUUGGGCGCUAACAUGACAAACCAUUCUUUUGUAUUCCAUUCUUUUAUUAUAAAAAAACAGGAUAUCCUGCAGGGAGAAUUGUCGUCCAUAA